AUGAGAAUACAAGCAGCAAUUCUGAUAGGGAGUUGGAAAAAGAAACACAGGCAACUUAGAGCAGUUCUCUGUGGAAGGUGCCGGCUAUUGUCUCAUGGGCAAAUGAUCACUGCCGUUGGUGGAAAUGGAGGUUAUUCUGGUGGGAAGCAGUUUGUCUCAGCCGAGGAACUUCGUGAAAAGUUAUCACACUUGCGCCAUGAGAAAGCUUUGAUUGUUAAAUUGGUUGAUAUACUGGACUUUAAUGGGAGUUUUUUGGCCCGUGUGCGUGAUCUUGCUGGUGCAAACCCAAUAAUAUUGGUUGUAACUAAGGUUGAUCUCCUUCCUAAAGGAACUGACCUUAAUUGUGUUGGUGACUGGGUUGUGGAAGCUACAAUGAAGAAGAAGCUCAAUGUUCUGAGUGUGCAUCUCACAAGUUCGAAGUCUCUGGUUGGAAUUGCCGGUGUUAUAUCUGAAAUCCAAAGGGAGAAAAAGGGCUCAGCUAAUGUAGGAAAAUCUGCAUUCAUCAAUGCACUUCUGAAGAUGAUGUCAUAUAAGGACCCAGUUGCUGCUGCAGCACGGAAAUACAAACCCAUACAAUCUGCUGUUCCUGGGACUACCUUAGGUCCAAUUCAGAUUGAUGCUUUUCUGGGAGGAGGGAAAUUAUACGACACGCCAGGAGUUCAUCUUCACCACAGGCAAGCUGCAGUGGUUCAUUCAGAUGACUUACCUGCCCUUGCUCCCCAAAGUCGGCUUAGGGGCCGGUCAUUCCCAAAUUCUCAGGUAGCCUUAGACGAGUGGACUGCUGAGACAAUUGGAUCAGAUGGAUUGAAUGGGAUUUCAAUAUUUUGGGGAGGUCUUGUUAGAAUUGAUGUCUUAAAGGUACUCCCAGAGACGUGCUUAACUUUCUACGGACCAAAGGCGUUGCAGAUUCAUUUGGUUCCAACGGAUAAAGCAGAUGAAUUUUACCUGAGAGAGCUAGGAAAUCGGUUAACCCCUCCAACUGGUAAAGAGAGGGCGAACAGUUGGACUGGACUUGAGACAAAGCGCCAGUUGCAGAUAAAAUUUGAAGAUGCACAGAGGCCUGCUUGUGAUGUUGCUAUAUCUGGUCUCGGAUGGAUUGCUGUUGAACCGAUUGGCAGAUAUCGUGCAACUCGGGAUGCAAGAUUGGAAGAUACAGAAAAAGAGCUGCUUCUGGAUGUCCUUGUUCCCAGGCCAGUUGAGAUUUUUGUUAGGCCUCCUAUGCCUGUGGGCAAAGGUGGAGAACAGUGGUACCAGUAUAGGGAAUUAACUGAGAAAGAAAUGGAAGUAAGACCAGAAUGGCACUUUUGA